GUCGUAAGUAGUCCUGACAAUCAUCCCGAUGACAAGAUGCUGGCUCCCUGCGAAGUCGAUGAUAUCGACAAUUGAUCGCCUUGGCCGGCCUGCUGUCGUGUGACCCAUUGCCAGGCCGUGCAGCGCCUCCGCUAGUCCCUCGCUUCUUUCCCUCCCUGCCUUUUCCUCUCCUAUCCAUCGCUUAUCAAGCAGCUGUCAAAGAGAUCAGUAUGGUCACAGCAGCGAGCGUGACAGCAGAUGGCAACGCAGCAGCCUCAUCAUCAUCUCAGGGUGUCAAGGAUGAAGCACUUCAUUCAUACUGGGCAUCGCGCUCCACCCUAAUCGCCCAAGAACAGUCACUGCGCUUCGAUUCGGUCAAGUCGUCGUCCCUUACACCCCUGGAGCAAAAGGCGUCGUCCCUCCUCUCCUCGAUUCGUGACUCGGAGCGUACCAGCAUCUAUGACAAUCCCGACGACCCAUCUGCCCACCCAGGCAUGUCUUUUCGGGGUGCCCUCGCUCGCGGAAUGCGGUCUACGUCGACCUGGCGAAUCCUCUCCCGCAUGCCAAAGGGAGCAGCUCUGCACUGCCAUAUGGACGGGACUGUUCCUGCUCCUUGGCUUAUCAUGGAAGCGGUACAGAGGUACGGGGAUGUGAUUCACAUGAGGGCGGAUCAGGCUCUGGAUAAGGUGGAGAAGCUUUACUCUGCCGGUGUGCAGUUCCAGACAAAGGCCAAGGAGGACGUGGUGGCGGGGGACGUCUACUCACCCCAUUAUGACGGGACGACACAGUGGAUGAGUCUCAACGAGGCGCGAGCCACCUUCCCCUUUGCAGACGUGUACGAAGUGCCACCUACCGGCUAUACGCGAGGCAUCGACAUCCCUUCGUCCGCCAACUCUAGCCGCAAUGCCGCCGCUUUUGAUUCGUACCUUCACUCCCUCAUGACCCUCAGCCCAGCCACCGGCUCCCCUUCGACUGCCACCUCCCGCCAAGCAUGGAGCCGCUUCCUCUCCACCUUUGGCAUCAUUGGAGGUUUCGUCUCCUACCUGCCGCUCUUGCGCUCUUACCUCAAGCAGAUGUGCAAGGUGCAUGCGAGGGACGGCGUGCAGUACAUGGAGGCUCGCACCAACUUCUUCGAGGAGCAUUAUAUUGCAGAGGAUGGCAAGACGCCAGUGGCUCACGCGGAAUGGUGUCGUGUCUUCAAAGAGGCAAUGCAAGAAGCGCGUAGAGAACUGAGAGAGGAAGAGGGGAUCGAGACCUUCCUCGAUGCAAGGAUCAUCUACUGCACUGUGCGAAUCAUCACGCCAGAGAGGCUGCGCUGGUACCUUGAUGACUGCAUAGCUCUCAAGCGGGAAUUUGGGCGAUUGAUCGUAGGGUUCGAUCUGGUAGGACAUGAGGACCCGGGAGUGACGCUGAAGGAGUAUGCGCCAGAACUACUUCGCUUCCAGCAGCAGUGUCGCACCACCGGUCUCUCGAUUCCCUUCCUCUUUCACGCAGGCGAGACCCUCCUCGACGGCUCCCCCGCCGACUCCAAUCUGUACGAUGCUCUCCUCCUUGGCACGAGACGUAUAGGUCACGGCUUUUCCCUUGCUCGUCACCCACACUUGAUCCAGCUCUGCAAAGAGAGAGGGGUGUGCAUCGAGGUCUGCCCCGUGAGCAACGAGGCGCUGGGCUAUACGGGAUGCAUGGCGGGACAUCCCCUGCCCGUGCUGCUGAACAGCGGCGUGGACGUUGCGCUCAGCAAUGAUGAUGCGACUCAAUUUGGGAAUGAGGGGUUGACUUACGACAUUUAUCAAUACUUCACGUCAUCCUACUCCGCCUCCCUCGCCUCGCUCUAUUCCCUCGUUCGCGCCUCGCUGCGGCACGCCUGCCUCGACGACGACGAUGACGAUUCGCACGGAGACGGAUCGCGACGGAAGCACGAGGCUCUCUUUGAGCGCGAGUGGGAGAAAUGGUGUCAGUGGAUCGUAGACGAGUGUGAGACCGGCACGGUGGCGGGAGGUGAGCCGCCGAAGAAGGCCAUGAAGAUGGACGGGCAGCAGAACGGAAGUGCUAAUGGCGAGAUGUAAGACGGGUAAUUCUGCAUUGCUAAUGAUGAUGUGGAGCCUCUGCAAUACAGCGUGCACGACGAGA